CCACAGGCUAAGCGGAUUGUGCGAAAAUCCGGAGGCUGCUUGGGUUCUUUUUUGGUAAAACCACCAUCGCGAGUUCUCCUCCUCUCCUCCUUGUUUCCGCAUCACCAACAAUAAACCGCCCUUAAACAACCUAGCUUCCAGCAAAAGAAGACAUGGGGGGCAAGAGCGCUAACAAGGCUGGCUACUUCGACAAGCUCAAGGGCUUGUUGGAGGAGUACAAGUCCAUUUUCAUCGUCUCCGUCGACAAUGUCUCGUCUCAGCAGAUGCACGAGAUUCGCCAGGCCCUCCGCGAUCAGGGUGUGGUCCUGAUGGGCAAGAACACCAUGGUUCGCCGUGCCCUCAAGACCUUCCUGGUCGACUCCCCCGAGUACGAGCGCCUCCUCCCCUUCGUCAAGGGCAACGUUGGUUUCGUCUUCACCAACGGUGACCUCAAGGAGAUCCGUGACAAGAUCCUCGCCAACAAGGUCGCCGCCCCCGCUCGUGCUGGUGCCGUCGCCCCCGUCGAUGUCUGGAUUCCCGCUGGCAACACUGGUAUGGAACCCGGCAAGACCUCUUUCUUCCAGGCCCUCGGUGUCCCCACCAAGAUUGCCCGUGGUACCAUUGAAAUCACCACCGAUCUCAAGCUCGUCGAGGCUGGCGCCAAGGUCGGCCCCUCCGAGGCUACCCUGUUGAACAUGCUCAACAUCUCUCCCUUCACCUACGGUAUGGGCAUCGCUCAGGUCUACGACCAGGGCAACACCUUCCCCAGCUCCGUCCUCGAUAUCAGCGAGGAGCAGCUCCUGAAGGCCUUCUCCAGCGCCGUCACCACCAUUGCCGCUGUCUCCCUGGCCCUCAACUUCCCCACUCUCCCCUCCGUCAUCCACUCCCUUGUCAACAGCUACAAGAAGGUUCUUGCUGUUGCCAUCGAGACCGAGAUCAGCUGGCCCGAGAUUGAGGAGCUCAAGGACCGCAUUGCCAACCCCGAGGCCUAUGCUGCCGCCGCCCCUGUCGCUGCUGCUGACUCUGGCGCCGCCGCCGGUGGUGCUGCCGCUGAGGAGGAGAAGGAGGAGGAGGAGGAGUCCGACGAGGAGGGUGGCUUCGGCGAUCUCUUCGGUUAAAUGUUGUAACGACGUCAUGACGGCGCUUGUGGACUGGCAAUUUCGGUUUGGGUCCGGUAAAGGUUUUAUGAAUCGACACCCGAAUCUAGAUAGAUCAUUUGCUGGUCAAUUGAGCACUCUGAAGAUGGACAUACAAAGGAUUUUUGAACUGCAAUGUAGUGACUGCCCAAACAGUCUACUUGCUGCUUCUCAGAUACUGAUCAAACAGGUUAUUCAUCCCACGAUUUUGCCGUCUUUUGCCCUUGGUGACAUGUGUUUCAUACAAAUACAAUAUUUAUCCAUCCUACAA